AUGGAGCAUGGAGAGCCAUUAUCUUCUCCAUCUUUCACGCAAAAGCUGAAAUCAUCUCUCACCCCUUCAUGCUUCCCAGUCCACUACAAAAAUCACCACCAAAACAACCAUCACCAAAACCACCAUCAAAGUGAUUCCGGUGCAACCGUAACUUCUCCUGACGCCAAAAACAAACUCAUUCGGAUGUCCUCCAGCUUCAUUUCUCGAAUGGGAGGCGGAGGUGGGUCAUCAUCAAGGCACUCCAGAAGGCAUUCCCUUGACCUCCAUUACGAUGCUUCCAGUUAUGCUCUGAAUUUUGAAGAUGAUGAUCAUCACAAACACUUGGAUGAACAGCAUUCAAAAAGCUUUUCUUCUAGGUUGCCACAAUCUCCAAAAAGAGAGAUUAAAGCACAGUAG